GAUUCUCUUGCACUCACUAGCUUAAUCAAAAGUGAUUAAUUACAACAGAAUAAAGAUAGCUAGCAUCACUAAAUAAUCAAUUAAUUAUUACUACUAGUUAAAUUAAAUCAUAAAUAAAAUAAAAUCCCCCAACACAUCAAAACAAAUACUAAGAUUCAUUCUCUCCCUGUCUCUCUCUCUCUGUCUCUUUACUUCCUGUUCUUAAAGCUUUGUUUUUUUUUUCUCUGAAAAUGAAAACACCAAACAUGGAAGAAAACACAAACACAAACACAACGUUAACCUCUCAAGAUCUUUCUUCCAAGAGACACUUUCAUUGGACAAACAAAGUUGGAAAUGAAGAACCAGAAGAACCCUCAACCAUGUCCAAAAUCAUAGAAGAACAGACCAAAAACGACGAUGAAAAAGUUGUUUCAGGACAUUCAUCAACAACAAGGAAGAAGCUUCAAGCAGUAGCAAUUUCAAGGCUUCGUUCUGUUCUAACAGUCUUCAACAAGAACCGUUCAAAUCUUCCCUCUGGUCUCGGUUCACGAGUUGUUGGAACGCUCUUCGGUUACCGUCGUGGACACGUUCAUUUCGCUUUUCAGAAAGACCCCACUUCACAACCAGCUUUCCUCAUCGAGCUUGGAACACCUAUUACUGGUUUGGUUCGUGAAAUGGCUUCUGGGUUGGUUCGAAUUGCUCUUGAAUGUGACAAGGUGAAGGAGAAAGAAACAGAGAAGAAGAGUUUGAGGUUGUUGCAAGAGCCUCUUUGGAGGAGUUCUUGUAAUGGAAAAAAAUGUGGAUUUGCUAAUAGAAGAGAAUGUGGGGAGAAAGAUUGGGAGAUUUUGAAAGCUGUUGAACCUAUUUCAAUGGGAGCUGGUGUUUUGCCAAGUGCUGAAGGUGGUUGUUCUGAUGGUGAAGUUAUGUAUAUGAGAGCUAGGUUUGAGAGAAUUGUUGGGUCUAGAGAUUCUGAAGCUUUCUAUAUGAUGAAUCCUGAUAGCAAUGGUGCACCUGAACUCAGUGUUUAUUUGCUUAGAGUUUAGUUUCUUAGUUAGCAGUAUUAGCAUCUUGAAAAGCUUUGUUAAUUACUGUUUUUGUUAAUACUAAAAUCUUGGUUGGUGCAUGUUUGGAAUUACGACGAGUUUGACGAGAUCACGACGGUUUUUUCUCCGUCGAAAUUAAGGUAGCAUGUUGUGAAUCUGUGAAACUUGCCGUGAAUCCAAACAUGCACUUGGAAGGGUACACUAGUUGUUUGGAUCUUGAAUCAUGAAAUGGAGACCUAGUUGGGUUUCUGUUGUUUCUUUUUUAGGCUAGGGAGAAAGGGGGGAAAUUGUGGGUAAUCUAUAGUAUUUACAGCUUGGUGGUGGGGUGGAUCAAGAAAGGUGUAUAUGUAUAGUUUUAAUUUCAAUCCUUUUGAUUAGUGAUAUGAAAUGGAUGUUAAUGCUAAUCAUGAUUAUGUUCUCA